AUGUAUGGAAGGGUCGUAUUGGGAAACUGGCGGAAUGUACUUUUAUUCUUCAACUGCACCCUUGGAUAUGGUUUGUAUUUUAACGUUGACAUCUUGAGUGCACUACAGAAGGAUCUACAGGGUACGGAUACCGGAAGCUGUGAGAAUAUUACCUCCAAUGUCACGUGCUGUUUGGACUGUGUGGGGCUCGGGCCUGACCGUUACAACCAGCUCUACGCAGCGUACGCCUGGAUGACUGCCGCCACAGUUAUACCAGGAGGUUAUUUUGUUGACAGAGCUGGAAUUCGCGUGUCCUCCAUCUUGUCGACUAGUGUUGCCUGGUUAGGGACUGCAUUGUUUGCCUCGGCUGUAACAGGACACAUACGGGGAACCUCUGCCAUGUUUCCGUUGAUGUUCUGUAGUCGUCUGCUUCUUGGAGCAGGGACGGGGACGGCUUUGAUUGUUCAAGACCGCGUCCUGGGUAUGUGGUUUGCCAAUAACCUUGCUGUUGUCUUCAGCAUCAAUGUAGUAGCUCUACGCCUCGGAAAUGUCUCUAACUUUCUCCUCACUGCUAACAUCGCGAACUGGAUUGGCCUGCCAGGCGCCCUCUGGGUUGGGGCAGCACUUUGCGGUACAACGACUUUGAGUGCAGUGUUUUUAUCGUUGCUUGAUUACUAUGGAAAGAAGAAUUCUGACAAAGAACUGACUUCUAUUUCCGAAAAGGCAGAGGAAGCGGUUACCCUUUGUAGACAAAUGAAAAAUGUCCGUCUCCUACCUAGAUCCUAUUGGCUCUUGUGUGUAACAGUGGUGUGUUACUACUCCGCUUAUCUUCCCGUCGUCAGUAAUGGCAGCAAGUACAUCCAGGACAGGUAUGGAUACUCCAAAACCAGCUCCGCGUAUUAUGUUGGAGCUGUGUACGAUGUGUCCAUCAUUAUCCCAGCAUUCCUUGGACUAUUGUUGAAAAGGUUCCGUUGUACUGGCAUACUGUUGAGCUGUUCCGCCAUAUUGACUGUACCGGUAUACAUGUUACUCUCAUUCUGUCCCAGAAUCCAUCCGUUAGUGCUGACAAUUUACCUAGGAGUCACCUACACUACAUAUGCUGUGUGUGUUUGGCCGUGUUUUGCUAUGUUGGUCAGCCCUGACACAUUCGGAACUGCUGUAGGAAUCGCCAUUUUUAUACAGAGCGGAGGGGUGGGAAUGACGAAUCUUGCUGUAGGAAAAAUAAUGGGAGCAACUGAAAGUGUUGACACCGUGGAACUUUUAUCGAACUAUAGGACAGUGUUUUGGGUACUGUUUGCACUCUCUAUUACUUCCGCUGUAUUCAGCAUCGCCACCAAUAUGGCGGACAAUCAGCAGGACAAUGUACUUAACCCUUUCCUUAGGAAAGACACAGUGACAAUUUCAAUCAAUAAUGAGAAUGCGCCACUCUUGCAGCCCCCUAAAAUUGAACCUAAAUAUGAACCCUCAUGACUCAAUCUAUAUAUAGACAACAAUAAGACAAUCUAUAUACAUAUCAUAUAUAAAUAUAUAUGAUUUGAUAUGCAUCAUUGAUAUACUGAUUCUGCAGUUAUCUAUUUCGGAAUUUGAUUAAAUAUUUUAACGGCAAAUGUUUCUAAAGUUUCAAGAACAUUAUUUAUCUGUUUUACAUGGAAAUUGAUAUGAAAGACGACCUUUAUAUCUUGAUAAUGAAUUAGUCUGUGUCCAUACCUGUUCAUGUCUAUAAUACCAUCCUAUUUGAAUCUUUGUUGCCCAUUACGUCUGCAGGUCAACUGAUCAAAUCACUCGUACACAUAUUAAUUUCAUUUACAACUAUUUUUGAUAAAAUUAUUUGACCAAUAGGUCAAUGAAAAAAUAGCUAAACAUUGUUCUGAUUUUUUUAGUCUUAAUUUAUGGAUCAUUUACAUCUUGUAUUUUCCAUACGUAACAUUUUUAGACGAAACAUGAAUCUUAUUUAUAAAGCGCUUAUUUGAAAUGCUAUUAUGUUUGAACUAUUGGCAAUAUGCAAUAAAGUAGUUUGUUUACUAGUCGGGCGUCAAACUGUAAAUGAUAUGUUUUUAUAACUGAACAAAUGUGUUAGUGAUUGUAAACAACCUUAUUUUAGUGGGUUAUUUUCCUUAGAUCUCCGUCAUUUC